UGGGCCGGUCAUGCCCGUUUUUGGCUGAGUGCGAUGGCGCCAUCAUCACGUUUAUUGGAAGAUUUUGAGGCCCAACGUGGAUAUGAUGAGCAUGUGGAGGAACCGUUGGAAACCAACAAAGUGCGAUUUUUCGGUAUGAUGGGUUUCUUUGGGUUUCUGUUGGUGACAUCAUUUGUGAAAUCAAUGCCGGCAUCCAAUCGUGGCAUUGAUGCAGCGGAGCCAACGGAUUUUUUUGACAAUUUUUUUGAAGAACCUGUGAUUUGGGUGGAGGGACAAAAAUACACUUCUGUGCAGUACUUGGGUUUCAAUUUGUUCACAGCUCCUGGCACAGAAGCUGAUGGUUGCUUGAAUGUCGGAGAAAACAUCGAUGCGUGCUACUUGGGAAGUCCCGAAGUGCUCAAUGAUACGCAGCACCGCCUGAGCAUCUUCACACAAGCCAUUGAUCGCGCCUAUGCUUCGGAAUAUUGGGAUCGAAACCCAGAGACGCUAAAAAUUUUCCUGGCGCCAGAGUUCUACUGGCGUGGUCAAAAAGGUGCAUAUCGCAUUGGCCCUUCCUUGAACCUGGCAUCCGAAAUUGCGGUGAAGUCUUUGUCUGGUAAACUUCGCCAUCAGCGUUUCAAGCAUUGGAUCGUGGUACCUGGAACUGUAGUCAUGGUUCAGCACGCUGACCAGAGCUAUGUGGAGAUGUCGCAUCGGCCCUAUGAAAACAUCAGCUACUACAAUUUUGCACCCAUUCACAUUGGGGGUACGGACCUGAUGUACUUGAAAUUCAAAAAUUUUAUCAGCAGCAUCGAUUUCCUGCAAAUCACUCCAGGCGUUUCACGCCAAGUGCAGGCUCCACCAGGCAGGGCCCAUGAAUUCUGCAAGAAACAUCCAGACUCCAACGGCUGCAUAUAUCAUAGACUUCCUCGACAUCUUCUAGAUCAGAUGGGCUGGCAAGACUUCCAAAUACUCAGAGGAGGAAUCUUGAACAUUGGAGGCGUCCGAGUUGGAUUUGAAAUAUGUUUGGACCACGCGAUGGGUCAGCUUUGCAAUAAUGAUUUGAAACCCGAUGAGACUGUGGAUGUGCAAACGAUCGUAUCAGCUGGCAUGAAUGUAGCAUCUGGCCCAGUUUGCACCAAGCCUGGCGGCCCAACGUUUCUGGCCGAUGGCUUUUCGCGAACCGAGCUCUCACUGAAUCGUUUUGGGCAGGGCAGAAGAAGCACCAUGACGGAAGCAAAAAGGAGGCGCUACAACGUUGGGCUGACCUAUGGAGCAGACGCCAUGGUCUCCAUGCAGCAAUGGGUGGCCGACACCAUCUAUGACCUCACUGGAACAGGCUUCGGCACCAGGGAAGCUGGCAUGGGAACCCUCCCAGGUGGAAGCGAAAGCGCUGGAAGCACCGGCAUCGUUUUCAAACAGAUCGCGGCCCUUGGGGAGGCAGAGUCCUAUGGCUUUGAUAUGGGAAUGGGGAUCAAAAUCCACCAUGGCCGGGGAUGUCAGGGGAUGAAAUAGCUGUAUGAUGGGACUCCAGGAGUGGGAAGAACUGUUUGCUGGGUACUACGCCACUGCCAGCUACAAAGAAGCCCAGCGCGCGGAAAAUCUACUUGAGAGCUCCUUGAAAAGGUUCGAGAAGAAGGAGGAAGGCGCGGUGGAGACAGAGAUCCCAGAGCCCAAAGUGCUUCCAACCGUCGAUUUCUAUGGCCCCUUGAAGCUGCCCAAAUGAGGUCUGGUGUAACGUGCAAUCAAGCUUCUGGUAUGACAAGACGCUAUAGGGCUUUAGGGUGGUCACAGCAAACGUGUCAAGCUCAUCAAGGCUACGUUGCUAACCACUUGGAUAUAUUGCUUCAACGGUUCCAUAUGGUAUUCCAUAUGGUUCCAUGAUGUUUAAUUCCAUUAAGACAAGAGAUUUUAAAAUUGCCCGUGAUGCGGGUGAGCAAUCUAUCUCUUGCUCUCCCACCAUCAAAUGUGCUUGGUGUAGAUAGAUUGUAGAUAAUUAGGAUGGUCACGGGGCUCAAUCUUGAUGGUGCCGACUCAAGGGUCAGCUGUGGAAGACUUUGACUCGAGAAACAAAGGCUCGCGUUCUUCCGUCAUUUUUUCUGUGAUAGUGCCGGAGAACCGCACCAUCUUGGUUCCAGGUGGGCCUUGUUAUGUUUCUUAAGCAUUGUUUGUGGAAUCCUG